AUGGCUGGUGGCAGUGAGGACAAGAAUCUGGAUGCUGCAAAGAAGUUCAUCGCUGACUAUGAUCCGCGUUUAACACUAGACGCAUAUAUCAAUUCAUAUUAUCAAGUUGUGAGGAGAAAAUUUUCCGUAAUUGAACUAGAGACAUUCAUGGAUCCCCAGAAUGCGGAGGAAACAAUAAAACGUGAAAUCCUCAGACUUGAACACUUGUAUCAAAGUAAAUGGGCGAAGGAAUUUCUUGAGGCCAUCAAUGCAGCAGAUAAGAACCUCGUGAAUGUUUAUACUGAUGAAUACAAGAAGGCAUUGGAAGAAGACAAUGCUUUUCAGUACAAACUCCAUGCCCAUCGGGGAUCAUACAAUGAAUUGAAAACGCAUAUUUCAAGUAAAUGGGAACACCGGAAAAAUCUCGAUAUUGCUGAAGGUAAAUUUUUUGCGAAGAUAUCAGGAAAUUUGAAGAAAGACAAAGUUCAAAUUGAAAUGACAAAGAAGGAUUUGAUGGAAGCGAAGGAAGCAGUGAAGACAUUCAAAGCUCACAUUAAGCAGCUGGAAACGGAAGCAGUCAAAGCGACUGUAGCAUACAGAAAAUCGCCAGGUUAUUUGCGAAGAAUGAACAAGGAGACAUCCACAAGUGACUCACCAAACGAUGUUGAAAUUACGAAAGUGUAUCAGAAGGCUCGUCAUGAUUUUGAAGACGCCAUAGAGGAACUGAAGGACAAAAUAAAACUAUUGGAAAUGAAGAGGAUUGAAUAUUCAAAGUUUCAAACCCCGGAAGAUAGAAUAAACUGGCUCCUGGCUGAAAUGAAGGAAGAUGCCGUGCAGUAUUAUUGA